AUGGCGAGAGAAAAUUGGUCUUCAGCUAGUGAUCUUGAAAUGACUGGUGAGAAAUCAUACAAUAUUUAAUAUCCAUUCAUCAGAAGGAAAGUGAUGAAAGUAACUUAUUUGUCUUAUCACCUGCACUUUUGUCUCACAGCUCUUAUUUGAAACCUUUUCACCCUAACAUUGAUCUUAAUUUUUUCCACACUUGUCUCUUAACAUUUCCUAUAUAAAGAGAAUUUUCUUGACGAUCAUUAGCUUCUUAAUUUGGUGACUUGAUUUUCCUAAUUGAUAUGAACCCUAUAUUUGAUUCAAGGGUGAUGCUGUUAGCAUAAAUUAGAGACCAUUCACUCUAAGGGGCUAAUGGGUUACUCUUGAAUCAGCAAUACUCAAUUACGUGCUCACUUAUGGUUAGAAAAUUAUGCUAAAUUCAGAUUUCAAUCUUGUGAUUCUAUUGUAUACCCCUCUGCCAAUUUUCACUGAACUGACAAUAUUUUUCCUCUCCAAAAGGUGGGAGAGAGCCUAGGGGUAGAUCAAGGAUUUUUCUUUGGAGGGGGUGUGCCAUAAGGAAUGACAAAACUGACAUCUGCUAUAACAAAUAGAAGGGGUAAUGCCUGAAACUUCAGUAUCAAACCGCUGCUUUUAUGGCAUUACACAUAAAUUCUUCAGCCUCGUCUCAUGUGUUAGUUCAACACCAAUAAACCACUUAGUUUUUUUCUUUAUUUUUUCUCAGAAUACUAGUCAUAUUCAUUUAGAAAACCCUAACUCGUUUCAGGGGGGGAUGGUUGCACCCUUAAUCUCCUAAAUCCCUUAUCCCACCCUCUCUUCCACAGCUAGUAAACGAGACGAAUUGAAUUUUAGAGGUGGUUUUUCUUUCAGUUUAAGAAAAAGAGAAAUUUGCAUGAUAUUAUUACUGAAGCAGUUCAUUCAUUGUUAUCAUUCAGUCAUGCUCUUGUAAUGUAUUUGUGGUGAUUUCUAUUUAGAGCACCAAUCAAAUGUUAGGAGUGAAAACAAGCAAGAUAAAGUAGUGAUUGAGGAGCUGGAGACACAGAUUGAUGACAUGGCUGAAACUCUCUCUACAAGUGAGUUGAACAUAAACUUUUAGUUUCUUAGAAUUAUUAUGGUAAUCAAUUGAGGUCUUUUAAAUACUUAAAAAUAUUGUCACCAGAUUCACUGAACCUAGUUGUAUGAUAGCUGGAAAAGCUGCAAAAAUUUUAAUCUUGAAAGCUUUAAUUACCCUCUUUCAUACAUAAUUUUACUCUUGUUCAGAUUUUCCAUUACUUGAUACAGUGGUUGUUUAGAUAACAUUAAAUUUUUCUCAAGUUGUGGUUGAUCAGAUCACCGUGAAUCUUUUUUUGAAGGAAUUACCAUAAGAAUGUUCUUCAUUAUCAUCUUUCUCAGUGUCUCCAUGCUUUCAAUUUUUUCGAUUCUAUCAGAAUGCAGGACAUGAGUCUCAUGUGAGAACCUUUCAUAUAACUGAUAAUUGCCCUAAAACCAAAACCAAAAUAAUCAACAGACAAAAGGAAAACCAUGUAAAGUGCCUGAGGGGUGGGAAAAUGCAGGUGACUAAGAUGUAACUGGUGUUAGUUUUUAAUCUGAUUGGUAGAGAAAAUGGUGCAAGUUUUCUGGACCAAUCACAAGGCAGAGUGAAGCUAAAAAAAAGCAAUCCUACAUUGCUAUCAACACUCAAUUGAAAACUGCUCUUCACUAAUAUGGUAUUGACUUGGCAGAACAUAAAAUUUUGAAAGAGAAGCUUGACCUUUUGGAAAACAGACUGGUCAGCACAAAGGACAAGGUAAAAUAAAUAUAACAAAUGCAGUCUGUAAAAUUCGGUGUCACUUUUAUUUUUAGAACUAUUACACGUUUUAAUUGUGAUCACCAAAUGAAUAUGUUUGCCUAGACACUGUUAGCAUGACUUACUUAUUUCAGCCAUCUUUCAUGGUGAAGGAUUCAGGUGGUAGCAACCUUUUGAUAUUUUUUUAAUUAAAUGAAACCAUUUCAUAGCCCUAGACAUAAAAAUUUUAAAUUUAUUCAGGCAAAUUGAGUUAAAAAAGGUGAGGCCUGCAUUCAAGCCUAGUAGCCUGUAAUAGGCAGUAGUUUAACCUGGUUUUUGUAACACGAAACAACCAGCACUAUUGCUAAUUACCCUUGAGGGAUGGGGAUGCUAGUAGUUCAUUGCAGGUUAAACCCUCCCCCCCUCCCUCAGAAUUUUUUCCAGGCUUCCCUGUCAGUUCACUGUUACCCAGUUCUACUCCUGGGUGUAGACUGGGCACUGUGAGAGUUAGGUGUCUUGCCACAGAACUCAACAUAAUGAUCCAGCAAGGAAUUAAAUGGGAACCUCUCAACUUUGAGUCUAGCAUGCUAACCAUUAGGUUAUUGUAUCUCUAGGGAGGGUGGCCAUAAAUGGAAAGAUAAAGCUGUUAUCUGAUCUAGCAAAUAAUAAACACCAGCUCUAGGCAUAACUCCCAAAUUAUAACAAACACAAUUAAACCUAAUAAAAUCACUGUAAGUUAUUAACAGUUUUAUAACUUUUUUGUUCUUAGAGAAAGAACUUUGAAAUGCUGAAAGAGAAGUUAGAGGAAAUGGGCAACAAAGUGCAGGAAAAGGUAGAUACAACCCAUUUUCCCUCAGUAUUUCAGACUGGGCUUAAGCACUAACAAGUUGUGCUUUUCCUCCUUAAUUCUUAACUGCAUUACGGAAUUGAAUAAUGUUUUCCUAAGAGAAAAUCAAGGCUCAAGGGUGCUUUCUGAACAGUUUUGAUAUCAAUUCCAGUCAUGGCUAAAUUACUUUGCAUUCAUUAGUUUGACCCAUUAAACCAUGGUCUGCCUUCCCCAUCAACAUCUUUUAAAACAAAACCACAAUCCUAUCUGUUAACAGCUUUUAAUGGAAGUAGGGUAAAGCCUAUACAACAGCAGAAAAGGGUGCAUUCAAGCUUGCACAUGUGACUUUUCUGUCUUUCUUCAUUUUGUAGCCAGUGUGGGUACCUUCAAGAAAAUUUUUUCAACCCUUUAUCAGAAUCUAUAUUCUCCAUACUCUUCUCUAUGCAUUUACUUAAGUACCGACCAGGAGAAUUUGUUUAACAAUCAAAGCUUGGCAAUCAUUUCCUUUAUUCUCAUGAUCUUAAUAUAUGGUUCAGCCAUAUUAAUGUAAGGAGAAAUUAGAUGCUGGUCACUUUCAGGUUUUAAAGGGUUAAUUUUAUGCACCGUUAAUCAAUGACAAAAUUGUCUGAUUACAUCUUACAGUGACCUCAUUUUUCUGAUUUGCAUGAAAGUUUUUUUUACGAGUUUCUUCUAGCAGCCUGGCUCAAAAUGAAAAACUUGCCAAAACAGCCUCUAAAGUAAUUUCGAAUCAUUCUGGAGCUCAUUAUUAGUCACUUAGAAGUGAGCAAUCUAUAAAGGAUUUAAAAUUAAAUGGCUCUUCUAUCACCCAAACGACUGCUGGCCAAACAAAGUUUUACUUGUAUGAAAAUGAAAAUCUAUAAAAAUUGAUUGUGCGCUGGAAUUAGCAAAUUUUCUUUUACAAAAGUACUCUUGAAUUAUUAUGUCUUGCUUAAGCUUAUCAGCUCACUAUAAAUUUUUUUUCUAUUUUGCUCACAAAACACAUCAAAGUUUAAUCAUUCUUUCCACUAAAUACAAAAGUUAGCAACAACUGAUUUUCAUUGAAACUGCAGUUAAUUAUUUUGAAAUCACUCCAUCACAUCUUUCACUUUAAGCAGGAUUUGAGCUUUCAUUAAGAAAUGGGAAUCGAAAAAUCUGUAUGCGAUGACUGUUGCAGUCAGACACAACUACUUCCCCCCGUUUUCCAACUGCCACAGAGUAUGGCAAACAAAACUUUCCCACAACUACUUCCUCACCAAAGCCCACAGAGUAUGGCAAAGCUUUCUUUCCUCACCAAAGCCUCCAAAGUUUACGAAGUUUCCAUAAGAGUCAAGGACUUGGAUGCGACAGUUGCCAGAAUCGCACACAAGUAUGUUACCUCCUGAAUCCACAGCCAGUCCUCGCGGUUUGAUAAAUUGUCCUGGCUCUCUUCCUGAUCUUCCAAUCUGCUGAAGGUAGACACCAUGUCGGUUGUACACCUUGAGGCAGUGGUUAAAUGUGUCAGAGACAAUAAAUCGCCCUUGAUGGAAAACUGCAGAUGAUGGCCAGCCCAGCUUGUUUUUCCCAUCAGCUCCGAAUUCAAGACAUAAAUGUCCACUAUGGUGAAACACUAGUACCCGUUCAUUUGACGAGUCCGUGACAAUUAUGUGUCCUUCAUUAUCAACUGAUAUUCCCUCCACUUUGGUGCCAAGUUUAGUCUCAGUGUUCAUGCACCUAAUCAGCCGACCUUCAGAGUCCAAUACUUUGAUUUUGUGAGUUUCAUCAUCGAAGGUUACAAGGUGAUGAUCAAGGUCAAACGCAAUGCCGGUGGGAAGGUGAACACUCUCUACUUCAUCAUCUGUUAAAAAACGAAGGAAACUGCCUUGAUGAUCAAAUACUUGAAUCCUGCUGUUAGCAUGAUCAGCAACAGCAAUACAGCCAUCGUCCCGUAUGGCCACGCCCCACGGGAGGGUAAAUUCACCCUCGUCAGCUCCAGGUGUUCCAAAAGCAGAAAUUUGUAUUUCACCUGUUGAGUAAUCGAGACUAAUUGAAUGAAUGUCAGAGCUCUCUGGGUCUUCUUGAGUAGAAUGAACGUCCAGUUUUCCAAGCUUAGUUAGUUGUUCACUUUCGUUAAAACUUGUGUUUGGAGUAAAUACAAUGGGAUUAAUUUCCGGUAUGUCCGACUCUAUACCAUCAAUGUCUCGGAGCUGAGAUAGGAUCGAAUCUUUAGCUUCAACAAGCCUCUUUGGGGAAAGUGCAUUGAUUUGUUGCUGGGCAUCAUUGAGUAUCCUAUUUGCAUCUGCUAUCAAAUUCUGUAUCACAACUUUUUGCUGUCUUAAAUCACUCUGCUGUCGAGCCACAGCCGAAUUAAGCUCUUCUAUAAGUUCUUCCUCUCUAGUUCUCACCAUCAGCACAAUUCUUUCUGCAGCUUGCCGAAUUUCACCUUCAACUUGCUGCCUUCGGUUUCCAAGACUCUGCGAUGUGUCCAUGAUCUUGGACAACAAUCCCUUUUUGUCUUGCAAAGUCUCCUUGCAUUUAUUUAUACGGUCCUCCACCUCCUUGAUGUCUUUGGUUCUACUUUUCCCAGAUAUUAGAGCAAUCGCGAUGUAAUUUGUAGGCAGACCGUCGAUGCCCUCCGGAAAAUGUAUCUCAGUUUCUCGCCUGCAGGUGGGGCAACGCAAGAAGGAUCGAAGCAAAUUGUGUUCCACCAUCUGACUCAGACACCGUUUGCAGACUGUGUGAGAACAACACAGAUUCUUUGGAUCUUCGAAUUCGUCUAGGCACACCGGACAUUUCAGCUCUUCCUCUAAAACACGAGACAAAUGACCUUGAUCUCGAAUCCAACUCAUCUCUUUCCUUGAAGUCGAGCCGAGCCGAGCCGAACGCAGAAGUUAAAGGAAAACUGGCUUGAUACCUUAUCAGAUCGAAAACUGACCGACUCAGUGAUUGUUAUCCUCUAACAAGGUUCCAGAUAAAUUGGUUUUAGGAUUGCUAUAAAUUCACACAAUUGUUUUGUCGAAUCACGCCUCCAGUUCACAGAUUGUAGACCAAUGAAACGUUUUGAUAGCUGUAUAGGAUGAAACCACAGUUACAAUCCUAUAAAAGCCGUUAGCAUUCGUCCGCGCUUCAGAGUUCCUUUCGAUUUUCCUCGUCAACCACCACUCCGCCAGACAGACCCAAAAUUCUUUUCAGGCCCAACAUAAUCACCUAUUGAUUUCUUUUCAGAAAUUGAAAUUUUAAACCCUGGGGCCUAAAGAUUUAUGUCAACAUGACACCCUAUUCUCUUUAUCUUCCAAUCACGAUUGUUAUUUUAGGUUUACCCUCUGACAAAACUAUCAUGAGUCAUGGUUUGGAGUUUGAUCCCGAGCAAAGACUAGCUGUCGCCUUUUAGAUUUCAACGUGAAAUUUCCUUGGAGACUUAAUGAGAUAUUUCAUGUUUGAAGAAUGCCUCUAAGGAAGUAUUUACUGUGAAAAUUGUUUAGAAUCAGUAGCACACUCUAGAUUUCCAUGUGGUUCUUUCCGCCUGCCCACGCAAUCUUAAGCUUGCGGCUGCCUUAUGCAAUAGGUCACGCAAUCUCUCAAGCAGAGACAAACUGGUCACAGUGUAAUGAAAUAUCUCAGGCAAAGAUUGGUGCAUCUUGGAGAAUUUUGCCGAACUUUAUCUGGUUCGUCGACCGCAUUCCAUCUCAAUAUUCUCCAUUCUUCCUCUUCAUGGGUUUUAGAAUGUUUCUUUUCUGUCUUAAGCAUUAACAACGAAGUUGAUGAUAUAUCUUAGCCACUGUAAAGAGAUUUUAAAGCUGACCUUCCGAACGUCAGCCGAGCGUAGUUCGCCCUGACGAAGGGUUCACGUUCAGAAUGUCAGCUUAAGAAACUCUACGGUGGCCGAGUUACAUUUAUCAACUUAGUUGAUAAAAGAAAAUUAUCUUAUCUUACACCGCACCCUCCCCUCCCCUCCCCUCCCCUCCCCUCAACCCACCGACGUAGCACCACAGUUUCUUGAGAAACUUAAACUUACUUCUUUUAUAAUAUUUUGUGGUCUCUGUCUCGUUGAAGGUAGUUUUGCAUAGCUCAAGAAUUGUGGCAAAAUUUUGCGUGGAGGCUAUUUUUAUCACAGUAGUAGAGAUGAAAGAAACUCGGAAAAGCCAAUGUGAAGUGUAAAUGCCACCCUGUUAUCACAAACACUUUUCUCUGUUCUGUCUCAAAGUUCUUUUUCAUCCGAUGAAGAAUCUCUAGUCAGAGGCACGGGUUUUUACUCUAUUGGAUUGUAGCCUUUCCCCAAAAUACUUUUCCUAGAAUUAAAAAUGAGUAUCGAGAAAAUCUGUCCAGGUUGCUGCAGCGCUCUGGAAAUUUAAAGAGUUGGCAAUAAUCCCUCAUUUCGUUUUUUUUUUUUUUUUUUUUUUUUAUCUCGUUAGGAAAAUAGCCAUGGCUCGUUGGAAGAUGUGAAAGCGAAACAGGUCAGUGAAACAAAGUCUAAUUACUAAAACAUCCAGCAGAGAAAAAAGUGAAAUGGAAAAAGAUUUAAUAUGAAAGUAAUUGAAAUUGGAUUUGGAAUUGAACAAUGAACUGGUAAGUACUCUUUGUAUCCGAGGCAUAAAGCAUCGAACCUGCUCCCUGAAGUAAGUGAUGAGGUUUAAGAACGAUUUUUAAGCCAUCUUCCCUCACUUUCCCCCACCUUAACGCCAGCUGCAGCAUUUGUCAUUGUUGCCUGCGAGCAGGCUUUCAAAAGCACUGUGGAACGAGCGGCAGAUUCGAACUGGUCAGCGUGCAAGAGGUCUUCGAGGGUUUUGGAACUCAUUUUUCUUCCAAUAAUCCCCAUGAACCUUCGCGCGCCCACAUCGCUCACCGACUCAAAUCGCGCGGCUUUUCACGCUUUUGUCGUAGCAUCAGUGGGAGCCUGCAGGUAGGUUGUCAUUAGGGUCGCAAAGUUUUGCUGCUCUUGCAUCUUACUCUUCCCAACCCCUGCGUAAUGUUGAUUAAUCAUUAAUGUGCGAAGGAAGUUUACAAUUUACUGUUAGUCACGGAAGAAUCACGGUGCAGAGAGUUAUUCUCAUGUAUUUUGACACAUUUUUUAGCCAAUUUUCUUGAAAAGUGUAUUCCUGGUCAAGUUUUCCACUGAUUUAAAGGCAAGAUCAUAUACAGGCGAUGUGCUUUAUUUUUUACAGGUAGAGGCAGAAUUAGCCAUCCAACAGUGUACAGCAGCAAUUUCUGGACUUGAACACUGCAAAGGAUUGUUAAAGGGUGAAGUGAGUCGUCUGGAGGAGUUUGUCAAGGAACGGGAGGAAGAACUAAAGAGGCAAACAGAGAUGACGAAAGAUCACGACGAACAAGAGCGGAAAAGGCGACAAUGGUAAAUGACAUGUCCCUAUUGUCAGUUCUUCACAUAACGUAACAAUUAUGCGAUACAUUGUGUUUUCAUUAGAUUGUAUGCCCCGAGAAAAAUGUUUCAAGCCCUACGCAGGAGACGCGGCGUCCUUGAGGUUAUAACCUUCCUCCCUGCCUUCCUCCCCACCCCUACCACCUCGCUCCUUUUCUUACGCUUUCCUCGUCGUCCCAUCCUCAACUAGAGAGCCUGUUCACAGGCUAUAUGGUUAGCGCUGGUCUUGGGAUCUUUUUUUUGUUGUUGUUGUUUUAUGCUUCGUUUUGUUUGUUUUGUUUUGUUUUGUUUGUUUGGGGGGGAAGGGAGUUAAUUGUUGCACUGCCUCUCUCCACCCUGGAGUACAACCGGAUACCAGAGAACUGUCAAGGAGUGCUUGAAAAAAUUGCAGGGGUGGAGGGAGGUUACCAGCGAUGGACUAUCUUGCUGUCGAGGGGGUGGGGGAGUUGGCAAUAUUCCUGUUUUGAAUGCUCCUAAUGGUGUCUCUAGAGUUCUUUUCCUUCGUGCAUUAGGCUCUUAGAUCACAAGCAGUUUUCAAGUAAUUUGGAAUGACCUAGACCCUGGUUCGUAUUAGGCACUUUAAAAGUUAUCUAAAACCAACCAAACACGUAGAUACAAAAUAAAACCAUGUGCAGAAUGGUCCCUCGCGUUGCGCGCAACUGGCUCUUUGUGAUAGUUACCACCCCUCUUCACCAUCAUCAUCAUCAUCAUCAUCAUUUCUUUGCCUUUUUAACGAUCCAAAACUGAAUAAAAUCUCUAAAGCAGUAGAUUUAUAGAAGGCGAGGAGACCCAAGAAGCCACCAGGCUUAUGGGAGAGGCCUUACUCUGGUUAGCGUUGCAUUUUUUUUUUUCUUCAUUCGUUUUACAAAAUUCAACCGCAUUAAAUCUCAAUAAACCAUGUUCCCGUUAUUUGUUUUAUCAAGGUUAACAGAUGUGGUUGAACUACACAGUCGCCUUGGAGGUGUCUCUGUGCAAAGCCUACAUGGAGACUGCGUGGUCUUGGAGAUACGGAGUGACGAACAUAUUGAAGAUCAGGGGGAUGAGGUUAUUGGUCGAACUGCCUCCCCCUUGAUUUUGACCAUUAAGUAUCGUCUGGACGGAGGGACACGUCCUGUGUUCGGAGGAGCAACGGUAAAAUACCUUACAAUAUGUCAGUAAACAUGCCUUCCUUUUAGCAACUGAAUUAAGGGGGCACGUUUCCAAAGAAACAGUGGUGCUGCGUCGGUGAGGGAACUACCAGAUAAUUUGGUUUUAUAGCGGAGCUCGCAGAGCGUAGCCCCAUAAUUAUACAGAAUGGUAGUAACCCAUCAAGCCGAAAAAAUUUGGACUUAUGACCGUGCGGGCGUCUGUACAAGGUGCUAAUUUUAACAUACGUGGUCACGCCAACGCCACGGCUUUGUCCAGUGGUCCAGUGGUCCAGUGGUCAGUGCACUGGGCUCCGAGUCGGAAGACCCGGGUUCUAGUCCUGGCCGGAGCAAGGCGUUGUGCCCUUGAGACGUGCGGGAAAAAAAUACGAGCUCCGCUUUUAGGCUUGGCUAAAUCUAUAUAUUUAACUGAGUUGAUAACGUAAAUUGGCCAUCGUAAAGAGUUUCUAAAGCUGACGUUUCGAGCGUUAGCACUCCGUCAAAGCAACACGGUUUUGUUAUUACAUUAUAUACUAAUGGUUGUACCGAAUCUUGAAAGCCUUUGAUAAGUUACCAUUUUAUUUAGACACGAAGUUUUCCAGUGCGUAGCUCAGUUGUGGUACAAAAAGAGCCUUCAUUCAGGUGGCACUUGUCUCUCGUGUAUCGAGUCAUGCGAAGAUUCAGGGCUCUUUGGUCAGAGACUGAUCAUGGGUUCCAUCCACAGCGAAAUUAAAGAGACGUGUUAUUUUUUUCACGAUUUUCUCUCGUUUACACAGGUCAAUCUGGACUCACUCAGUAUAGAUGAUCUUGUUGAUGAAGCCGUUCUUAGUAAUGACGUUGCCGGAUUUGUUUUUCAAGUGAAACGACGCUUCAAGAAUCAACAAGGUCUGAUCCGAGAAGUGGAGGAACUCCAAACGAAGUGAGUGAAGGGGAAUGUGAGGCACGAGCAAAUUGGCGCAUUGGAAUAAGCACUGUAUUUCACGAUUGCUGCUCUUUCGCUUAGGCUCGACAGAGGUGCAAGACAUUUCUGAUCCAUUGGAAUGUUCCCAUUUUCUAAUUGCUAACAACUUUGUUCCAUUUUGGUUUAAUACUUCCUUAAGAUUCCAGACUCCUCAUUUAAGCUUUUUUUCGAGCUAAAGUUAAUGUUCCAAAAAGUUGAUAAGUGGCUUAAGCAUUCUAAUCCAGAUAGUCAAAUAAAAAUCAUAAAAAAGUUGUUGUCAAAGAAGUUUUUUAUUGGAUGAUAUGAAUCGAAGAUGAGUCACAACAUUCUUCGAAUAACGAAUGCAUUUUUUUUUUACUAAUUUAAUGAAGUUACAAAAACUCGAUCUAGUCCGAGAGGAGAGUUCUUUUAACUGGAUUGUGUUUUUCCCUAACCUUACAGUUAUCAAGGGAAGACUACGGGAGAUAAAGUUGUGUCGGGGCUCCUCGGAAGGAACGGCCUGGAAAAUUUUUACGAACGUCCUAGGGAAUCUCCGGAUAUGAUCGGAUUCUCUUUAAAAAAAAUUCUCACGCCUGAAUCAACCCAAGUUGAAUCGUACACUAUAAGCGUCGUUUCACACUGUGUACUUUGUUCUUUUCAAAGUCAUCAGUAAUGAUUAUCAGCACUGUAAUGGCCGUCGUGUGAGGUACCGUGUUUUCAGGGGCUUCUCCCUGUGACGUGAGACUAACAACAGUGUACUUUUUUGAUUCAGUUAUGCGAUUGACUGGGAACCAAGCCACCGCCGUAUCCGAGUGAUGCUGGGAAAGAGCGGUAAAAUUGUGUGCAUCCUGAAAGUUGAUCCUUUAUACUCCAGCGGGCAGGGUCAUGUGCACCUCCUCGGUGUGGAGGGGGGCUCCUAUCACAAGGAGAUACAACAUUUACAGGUACAGUGAUACUUAAAUUUAAUUGAACACCUUCUUGAUAGUCUCCACCAGGAAGCAUUUGUGAACGCACCCAGAAACAAGCGCGAAGCACGAUUAACCGGUGGCAAGUGUGGGGGCGUGAGGGGUGCCGAAGACGAAGAAAGAAAGGGAGGUGUCUGUCGCAAUACCCCUCUACCUUACGCGCUUACUGGUUUGGAGGACUUCUGGGAGCGAGGCAGCUUUCAAGAACUUUAAAUGGAGAUACCGAUAUAAAUAUUAGUAAAGCAUUUUUUCUGUGGGGAUCAGCGUUCUUUUCUAAUGGCAGGUUUUCCCUGAAUAGGAGGUUGUACCUUAAGCCUUGAUGAAAUGAGGGGAAAAUUUUAUCAAUUGUAAUAUGUACCCCUUUUUUGACUGCUUUUUUUUUUUAUCGUUCUUUUAUCUUACUUCUUUUUUCCAGAGUACUGGAUCUGGUCGGAAUCUUACUCAGGUGAUCAAAGACCUUCAAGAGCUUUUUAUCAACCAGUGA